CACAGAUAAACAAAGAGACAAACCUCUCUGGAGCAAAAAAGGAACAUUUUUGUUUCAUAAGACAACAAACACUGUGUGUUACUUAUUCUUCAAAGACAAAAUUUAAAAAAAAGGAGUGUUUCUAUUCAUUGUUGAAUUAUAAAAUUAUUUGAACACUUGACUUUUUCGUUUUGUACAACACACGAUCUGUGUAGUCCAUAAAACAAUGAGGCGUACACGUGCAAUAAGCGGAAUGAUUGUGUCCGUGAUUGUGUCUGCGAUUGUGCUGUUGAGCCGCGUUCAAGGAAUCGUGGUCUCCACUCGCGCCAACGACCAGCGCGCCGCCGCUGACCUGUCCUGGUGGAAGAAGGCCGUGUUCUACCAAAUCUACCCGCGAUCUUUCCAAGACUCGGACGGCGACGGUGUCGGAGAUCUCAGGGGUUUGUAUAUAUCACACUUUAAACAAAAAAAAUAUAAAAAAUUCUUAAAAUGAAUUUGAUGUAGACACAAUUACAGAUUGUUAAGAGAUGGCUCAAAAUGUCUCAUACUGGAGGAUCGUUCAGCGGCGCACUGGAUGGCGUAACUAGAGUUGGUGCAGAUCAGGUUGGCCAUACUCCCCCCUGCACCCCCUUCCAUUCCACAACAAAAAAAAACUAUGCAGUUGGACGAAAAUAUUGACCAUCAAUAUAAAGAAGAGAAACAAAAAAGCGAGCCGUCUGAUACAGACUACCCCCCCCCCCCAAGCACCCCUUCUUCCUAGAGCCACAAGGGGGCAGGAGAUUCAUCAAAAGAUAGUGCACUCAUUUAACCUUUGAUAUAAAAUAUAUAUAUAUAUAUUAAACUAAAAUUACGUUAAUUCUGGCACGUGAUCAAGAGCGCGUUUGAUAUCGAGGCUCAAGUCUUAUGCCUAUUUGUUUUGAGGGUGUUUGACGUGUUGGUAAAACUUAGUUUACACAAGUGCAAGGGUGUGGGCAUUUUUAUGACUAGUUACGCACCGUUAGUAAAUUAGUUACAUAUCAUAUCUAAUAUGCAUAUAUAUAUAUAUAUAUAUAUAAAAGGCAGAAGAUAAGGCUAAGUCUAAACAGGAGUCAAGGUUCUCCUGUGAGAAAUGCAGCCGAGACAGUCAUUCCAGGGUGAGCUAUGUCAUGAAGUGUCACUAGCUACUUUAUGGUCUCGAAAUGACGGAAGGGUGACAUAUAUAUAUAGUUCAUCAAUCGGUCAUCGAAUAUGCUAAUUUAGAUUUUCACUAAGGGUGCGCAGUUGGCUCAUGCGAUUAGUAUUAUUAUUGGUAUACAAUCCCGUCUUCUCCCCCCUCCCCUUUUUUCUCUUUAUUUGGUAGUACCCUGUCUCUAAUCUUCAAGUACAAAAAUAAAAAAUCGGCCAUUCUACAAAUGAUUAUACAAUUUCAGCCCUCUCCAUUCAUUACCCAGGAUUGCAAUUUCCCAGAGAGUACAGACAAUGCAGAGACAUCACGGCCACUGAAUUACAUCAUGUUCUUUCCCCAGGAAUUAUUUCAAGACUCGAUUACCUCAAAGACCUGGGUAUCGACUGCGUCUGGCUCAGCCCAAUAUGCAGGUCUCCCAUGAAAGACUUCGGCUACGAUUGCUCCGAUGGUGAGGAUAUCGAUCCAAUCUUCGGUAACCUGGACGAUUUCAAGGACCUGCUGGACGAGGUCCACAAUAGAAGUGAGUCAACUCCCCUUGUACUUUAAGAAGAGCCUUUGUCUAAAAUCAGGGCAAAUGUUUCUUUUUUUUCCCCACGGUUUUGACCUCAUUUUACUCUUUAUUUAAACUAGUGAAUAAUUCCCCUACUUUCAAACAAACAGUAUUAAAAUAAUUACAAAAUUUAGCAGGAAAACGAUUUUAUUUUAAAUUUUGAAAUCAAAUCAUUUAAUUACAUUAGACUGUAAGAGAUAUUUGUGUUUCACUAUCCUAAAGACUCAGGCGUUAUACUGGAGAAAGUGCCCUUAAUCUGAUAUAAGUGCCGUUAAAUAUGAAAUAAGUGAUUUUAAUCUGGAGUAAGCGCCUUUAUAGGGUGUAAGUGUCCUGAAUCUUGAGUAAGUGUCCUUAAGUGAAAAUGGUGUCCUUAAUCUCGUGUAGGCCUAAGUAUCUCUAAUCUGGAGUAAGUGUCCUUAAGCUAGAAUAUUUUUUUAAAGCCGGAGUUAGUGCGCAAAAUCUGGAGUAAAACUAAUAUAGCUGAAGUAAGUUUCCUCAAUUUGGAUUAGGCCUAAGUGUCCUUAAGCUGGAGUAAGUGCACAAAAGCGGGAAUAAAAUGUCUUUAAAGCUAAAGUAAGUGUCCUUAAGCUGGAGUGGGCAUAUGUGUCCUUAAAGCUGGAGUAGGCCUAAGUGUCUUUAGAGCUAAAGUAAGUGUCUUUAACCUGGUGUAGGCACAAGUGUCAUUAAAGCUGGAUUAAUCAGCCUUAUUUUAACAACUACCAAAUAAUUCUAUUUUUUAACAACUGCCUCAUUAGCCGAAUAAAUAUUAUUUUAACAACUAUUGAAUUAACCUUAUUUUAAAAAAAAACAAAAAACAUUUGAAUGCUGAUCUUUCAAGUAAUUUUCAAAGUAUUCGAACACUCUUAACACUCAGGUCUGAAGCUAAUCGUGGACUUUGUACCUGGCUACACCAGCGACCAGCACACCUGGUUCCGGAAGAGCAUCAAGCGCAUCGGAAAGUACACGGACUACUACGUGUGGGACGAUGGGAAGCUCCUGCCUAACGGAACCAGGGUCCCAAUCAACAACUGGGUCAGCCAGUCUUGUAGUGUGGUUUAUUACGAAGUAUUAAAAGUGUAGGUUUUUUUUGCCGAAGUCAACGACAAACCAUUUGUGUGCCACAGUUCACUAUCGCGUAUAAUUUACACAGAAAAUUUUGAGAAAAAAGAAUAAAGGUUUCAUUGAAGGAUUAACAACAAAUUAUGGACUAAAGCACACACAAUCAAAUUUAUGUCCAAAGAAUUAACAAAGAAUAUUUAUUUCAAGAACACACAAUCUUUAUCAUAAAUUUCUUCUUAAAUAAAAAAAAACAAACAAAAUCAUAAUAAGUAAAUUAAAACGAAUUUUAAAAAAAAUGUAGAUCAAUUAUAUAUAUUUUAAAUUUCAAUGGUUGCAUAAAUCUUUAUUGUACAUCUUGUCCGUUUACACUUACAUCCGUAAAAUUCCUUUCAGGAUUACCGAUAUAUUUAUCACUGAUUCCCCAAACCCCCUUAAAAAUUUAGGCGAUCGUGAUAUUAAUAACUGUUGGAAUGUGGAAAUAGAUCGUUAGAGAGAAGAAUUACAUUUUUUUUUUUUAAAUGUCAUCUACCCAAGCAAACUUGUUUUUCUUAUUCCCUUCAAACAACCAUUCUUUUAAACAUCCUGUCAUAUUACCAUUUUAUAAAAUCGUAAUCAACAUCAUUAAAGUUGAUAUUUAUUUUUUUCAACUUUGCUCGGUUGGGGGGUGGGUGGGGGGUGGGAAACAACAAGCCGGUAACGGGCGUUGUGUCCAUUUCAGCUGUCAUUGUUUGGGGGAAAAGGGGGGGGGAACAACAUGUCAGCUAACAGGGGUUGUGUCCAUUUCAGCUGUCAUUGUUUGGGGGAAGGGGGGGGGUGGGAAACAACAAGCCGGGGAACGGGAGGGGGAACAACAUGUCAGCUAACAGGGGUUGUGUCCAUUUCAGCUGUCAUUGUUUGGGGGAAGGGGGGUGGUGGGAAACAACAAGCCGGGUAACGGGCGUCGUGUCCAUUUCAGCUGUCAUUGUUUGGGGGCUCAGCGUGGGAGUGGAACGACGAGCGCCAACAGUACUACUAUCACGUGUUCAUCAAGGAGGCACCGGAGAUGAAUCACAGGAACGAGAAUGUCGAGUGGGAGCUCAAGGUAAAGUGGGUCACCUGUAGAGGGGUGAACAUGUGAGGCUGUUUUGCGUUCUACCGACGGCUUGCCAUCCUGUGACGACUCUUAUAUAUGACAGGGGGUUAAACGUUUUUAAGUUAACCCACCCUCCCCUAUAACGGGAUGACUCGAUGGUCCUAGUCGAUUUUGACGGACGAACAACAACUCACGUUAACGUAUGUAGAUUAACUGCAAUAUUUUUUUAUAUUUUUUUUACUGAGGCAAUUCAAAUUCUAUAAACUAUUUAAAAAUCCAAUGUUCAACUUGUGACAGUCCUUGACAGUUCCUGAUAAACCUGAUAUUCCCUGAUAGGUUUUGGCAGUCCGUGACAGGCCCUGACACGUCUAACUGUCCCUGACACCCCUACAUGUCACUGACUGCCCCUGACAUCCUUGGCAGUUUCUAAAAACCCUAACUGUCCCUGAAACCUCUACAUGUCCCUGACACACCUGACUGUCUCUGACACCCUUGACAGUCACUGAAACGUCUAACUGUCCCUGACACCCCUUCAUGUCACUGACUGUCCCUGACAUCCUUGGCAGUUUCUGAAACCCAUAAAUGUCCCUGAAACCUCUACAUGUCCUUGACAAGCAUGAGUGUCCCGGACAUUCUUGGCAGUUUCUGACACCUCUAAGUCUCCCUGGCACCCCUACACAUCCGUGACACCCCUGACUGUCCGUGACACCCCUUACUGCCCCUGACGCCCCUGAAAGUCCCUGACACCCUUAACUGUCCGUGACAAUCAAAAUCUUGGUAUAGAAUAAUUCAAAGCCUCUUUCUGAAAAAAAGAAACAGGAGAAACAAAUUUAAAACUUUAUUAAAAAAAAUGAUUCAGCAGACUUUUUUUUAUCUAACAUUAUGACUUAUUCUUUUUAAAGAGCCUUUUACGGUUUUGGCUGGACCUGGGCGUCGAUGGCUUCCGUGCAGACGCCGUCCCGAACAUGGUAACAGUCGCCAACCUCUCGUGGGACGAGCCUUUGUCUGGCAAGGACGUGCCGCUGGUUAGUGUGGCACUUAAUUGAAUCUUCAUUUGAAAAUAAUAAACGCCUCUUUGUUAUGAACUGGUUCAAGAGGAUUUGUGAAAGGUAUUAGGGCAAAAAUAGACGACGGUGUGUUGGAGGAUCAAUUGAUUUUAGUCAAUUUUUGUUUUAUCAAACAUUUCUCUCGGUUAGGUUUAUUAAAUAGUGUUGGAAUAGGCAGCGGCGUAGUUAGGGAUAAUGCCCGUGGGUGGGCAAAGGUUUUUGUUUCCCUUUUAAAAGAAAAAAAGUCUAGUCUGCAUUUGACCUAAAAUGGCACCGCCCAGUACGAAGAAAAAAGUGCCCCAGGGAGCGAAUCAUCCCCUCAGCACCCCCAUUCCCCUUUCCUACGUCAGUGGAAAUAGUUUAGUGUAUAGUUUAGUCUGGCUUUACAUUGUAAUCGAUCAAAGCUUUCAGGACCACUGAUAUGAACUGGGAAUGUUUAAAGGAAGAGAUGCCGUUCAUAGCGCAUCUCGGAGAAGGUUAGUAAACGCUUAAAAAAAAUGGUUUGUUCAAGUAAAACAGUAAAUGUGCGGAGUUUAGUUUCAAUAUGAAUCGAUAGUUUAAGACGAUGCAGUUAAUGCCUUUUAUUUAGUAAGACAACACCACAGAUUGCAUGAAUGUAAAAUACACUUUACAUAAUAUAGAAAUCCUACCCAAUAAGUAACAGAAAUAAAGGUUGGGCACACGUGACUAACACACAUGAAAUCAAACAACCCAUAAAAACAAAGUUUUUCGCAAAAAUCCUUGUUAUGCAUCAUCAUCAGUGGCACUGCAGCCCAUGUUUAUAUGCACUUUUUAUUAUUUUAUUUUAUUUUGAUAUUCUAAUGUCCCACCCUCUUUUACGUGGCAGAUUUAUUUCACCAACUAGUUCAGAAAAACAAAGGAAAAUAGUAUGCACAAAACGCACUUGCGCUAUAUUUUUCGUUAAUAAUCUCCUUUUGCGCACUUAUCGGGAAUGUUAUUUGCGAAACCAGUGUCAUCAUAUUUCCUUCCCCUUGAAAAUCAGGAAAAACGUAAUUUGGGGGUUUGGAGCCGAAAAUUUGAUAGCAUGUGUUGUCAUCAGCAACGAUUCUAUGUGCCAAGUUUCAGCUCGAUAGGUUGUCGGGAAGUUUUUUUCAAUCAGCCUUUUAAAAAAUUUGCUAGCCUGUCAGCUGCGAACAAACUGAUCGUGUUCACACUGUUUUAUCAGCCAACAUCCCUUCGCGUCAUUGAUCCCGUGAAGCUGUUGCACUGAUGGAUUAUUUAUGUUGAAUCUACCCCCACCCCCUUCCCAUCUUUUCAGUACCAGGACGACUACGUCAUCCACGUGUACACACAGCACCAGCCGGAGCUGGUCCCCAUCAUCAAAGGAUGGUACGACCUCCUGGACGAGUACACCCAGCAGGACGGACGAGAGCGGUAAGUUCACAGACCCUUAGAUCAACGGCUUGAGACACCUGUCAUGUGUAAGCAGACAUAGGAAGUUUUUUUGUCAUCUAUAGCUUGAUAUAUAUAUAGCCGUUAUCUGAUUUUUGCCCGAAUGCUUAGUAAGGAAAAAACCCUCACUUAUGUUGUGUAUUAAAAUAUUUUACUUGCAUUUAAUAUCAACAUCAUCUUCUUCUUAUUUUCCCAGUUAUAAUUAAUCUUCCUUUACUUAAAAUGCAAGGAUUCUUGGGGCUCGGGGUUAAAAACGGGACAAAGAAUCGGCUUGGUGUAUGGAUGUUUGCGCACUUGUAUUUCAAUUGGGGGGGGGGGGCUGGAAUGGUGGGGGGGGGGUGGAGCUUGGGGCACACCAAAACUGCUAGAAGUUUUGUAUUGAGGAAGACAUCAUCUCAGUUCCCGAAAAAAACGAUUAAAUUGCCGUUCAGCUUUAAGUUUUCUUGGCUUGUAUGGAAAUCGUUUUGUAUAUGUCUUGUUUGCAAAUCUUGAAAACAUAUAUAUUUAUAUAGUCUAUAUGUUAGCAAACAGAUGAGUUAACACAAAAAGGCUAACGUCCAUGUCAGUUCAGAUUGUUAAGAUUAUAUAUCACGUUCGACCCCCGUCGUGUCGUUCAGGUACAUGGUGCUGGAGACGUACGCCACGCACGAGCAGCGCAACGUCCUCUACUCCCAAGGCGAGGCGAACCCCUUCAACUUCGACCUCCUGCAGAUGAGCCGGCCGCCCAAGCCGCAGGAGAUCAACAGGACGAUCAUGGCCGACUACAAUGACAUUCUGCCCGGGAAGUGGCCGAACUUCGUGGUAAGUGAUCUGGCCACUCUUUCUAGAAGGUAGUGGGAUAUUAUUAUUAAAAGUAGCCACCACUUGUUGGUAAGUGAUCUGGACGAUUUGUCUAGCACAGCUGUUUUCAACAUGUGGGUCGCGACCCCGUUGGGGUGUGGGGGGGGAGUCGAACGACCCUUACACAAGGGACGUCUAAGACCAUUGUAAGACACAUGUUUAUGAAGUAGAAAUACAAAUAGUUUUACAUUUUGGGUUCACCACAGCACGAGGAACUGUAUUAAAGGGUCGCGGCUUGGGGGAAGGGUGAGAACCACUGGUCUAGAAGGUAGUCACAGAACGUUUGUUCGAUGUAGCCACACUUUGUGGAAAGUGAAUUUCGUCAUUAUGGCAAAAGCGGGAAGGGACACUUCAUAACAGGGGAGGCCAACCAUGGCCCGCCAGAUUAUUAUUUUUUUGUUACUCGCCGGCUCUAUCGGUCGCACAUGAACGUAUUUCUUCACGUAAUUUAGCUUCAUUUUCAUUCUUUCCAAAAAAUGACAUUAAAAAAAAAAUUACGUAAUGCACGUUUUUUCGCCAUGGUAAGCGCCGUGUUGGUUUGAUUCCCCCCCCCCUUUUUUUUUGUCCCCCCUUCUUUCGGGCUGAUUAAAAGAGAGUCACAUUAGUUAUCUCAAAUUUAAAUAGAUAUUUUAAAACACUUCUAAAAAAUUUUUAACUAUACAAAUUAAAGGUUUCAUAUCAGGACGUACAGGUCAAGGACGCCUGCAAAUUUCCUGCAGCAUUUCUUCUGUUGCACCCAUGUUGUUCUUUUGUUGCUCUUCUGUUAGGUGUAGAGUUAUAUACGAAACUAAAGUCAGGUGUGUGCCAAAAAUGAAAUCCAGUCAAUCAGUGACCAAAGUGGCCCGUGAAGCCAUUUGGGUUGGGCCACCCUAGCAUUUUUUAUUUUGUAACUAAGAAAGAAUGGGCCGAUUUGUCUCCAAUAGGAAGUGGCCAAAAUUUGUGGUAAGGACAAAAACCACUCACCAUUUGAACGAGUGGAGCAUUUUUUCUUUUUGUUUUGGAGGUGGCGGGGGGAUGGAAGAGGGAGGAGGGUGUUUCAACUCGAAUUUCGUAUUCGAUCUCCAGAUGGGAAGUGACAUUCAAGUCCUGGAGUCGUUUUACAGCACAUAAUUUAAACUUCUGUUACGAUCUGUGUAAGCUAAACCGAAACCACUCUGAACGUCAAGGCAGCAAGAAACAAAAAAAACAAAAAUUCACGCAGUUGUUAUUUAUUUCUGUUGUUGGAAUCCAGUCUGACUUUUAGAGACAUCCGAUGUUUACUGGGUUGGAUUACGACUUCCACUCCUUUACUCCAACAAUACAACCUUCGAUUCCAUGGGAUUUUUGUGCGAAUUGGUUGCGCAACGUCAAGCCAUUUUUCUUAUGCGGUCAAGCAUAUUUAUUUUUUUCCAUCAUCACUAUGGAUAUAUCAAUAAGAAAGCCGCCAAGUCAUUUCACUUUGACCCUCCCUCCUUCCCCCGCUCAAAAGCUCUUGCUGUAUAUGAAAUUUCGUGGGAGAUAAAUAAUUUAUCAAAACGAUUUGAGUUGAAACCUUCUUGGAGCGAAAGGGCCCGCCAUUGGGAAAUAUACAAGUCUCUUGGGGGGGGGGGCUGUCUUCUAAUGGUAAUAUUAGAUAAUGUAAUUGUGUCUGAUGGAGGAGGUAAAUUCGUUUUCCCGGCUGACCCAUAAUAAAGUAGAUGUCCCUUGUGAAAAAAUAUAUGUAAAUAAAAAUCACACACGGGGGGGCUAUCAAGUUUUUGUUGUUGUUGUUUUUUUUUGUUGAUGAUUGUGUUUAUUGCUCUGGAUUUUUUAACCGGAAGUUUAACUUGGGAUAGAAAAAAGUAAGUAAUUAACUACAUCCGGUUCAGAAUUCAAAAUUUUUUUUUUUUAAGGAGGACAACGCCGAAUUUUAAGUCCAAACCGAUUACGGCUGCUGUCUUCUAACACGACUUCGGUGUCUGAGGUUCACCUCCUCUCUUGACUAAAAUAAUCCAUCCCAUCCGAUCAUUUUGCCCAAAGAUGAGGAAGAAACAGACCCCCACCCCCCACCCCCCCUAAUGAAUUCCCAAACCAUGUGGUCACGGAGGCCUUACAUUUUUUUUUUUGUGUGAGGGACCAAACUGGAAAGUUAAAAAGUACAAAUGUCGUGAACAUGAUGAAAUUUUUAUUUUUAAAUUGAUAUGUUAGUUAAUGAUGAAUGGCAUUUAUUUUUCCAUGUGCUACGCCUCAAACUUAUAACUUUAAUUUUAAUGUGGCUGGUCGCGUGCCACUCUGCUUCCUUAAAAUUGGUGUCUGUACUCAUAAAAUUUUGAGAACCCGUGCUCUCCCUAUUAGCUUUUUCGAGACAGUCAAACUUAUCCUUGUGCCAGCGGGCUGACAUUAAAAGAUCAUUCAUGAAAUAUUUUUUGAACAACGUUUAUGUUAGCCUUGUGCAUGAUCUUUUUGAUUUCCGGAGUUUCCCCUUGAGCUAUAAAUACAUCAUGAUCACCAGGGCUGAUGCCUAACGCGGCCUUUAUUUUUUCCCCAGUGACGCUUUAGCAAAACCCUUUAUCCUCUUAAAUGCUCAUGACGGCUUCUUAAAGCAAAAUAUUUGUGUCGCCGCUCACCUGAUGAGUUCAUCCAUUUUCUAUGACCCCCCAGCUCGGUAACCAUGACAACACAAGGGUCAGCAAGAGGAACGGCGCGCCGUACGUGGACGUGUACAACAUGCUGCUGUUGACGCUGUGGGGGACCCCCACCACCUACUACGGCGAGGAGAUCGGCAUGCUGCAGGCCGAGGUGUCCUGGAAUGAGACGCGGGACCCCUGGGGGCUCAACUACGGUCCGGUGAGUGGUCGGUUUGAGGAAUUAGAGAAAAAAAAAGAAAAAGAAGAUUUUGAUUAGUAUCGUUACUGCUUCUCAUCUUCCGGGAAAAAGGUCAGUCGUAUUCACGUGGGCUAUAAAAGGUCUUGACACGAUAAGCAACGUCCAGGCAUUCGUAUGGAAGGUAUUCCUUAACAACAUGAACAUUCAAGCUGUUGUCACAGAUAUAAUACUUAAGCACCCCUACACCCUACUCUCCCCCCCCACUCCCCAAUGCAUUUCGCGAGUGCAAUGAGCUGCAGUAAAAUAACACAAAAAAGUAGUUUACGUCGGAUUUACAGAAAUCGUCUACUGCAGGCCUGCACAACACACGGCCCGCGGGCCGCAUGUGGCCCGCCAGCACACACUUUGCGGCCCGCGAGGUAAGAAAAUGUUCUUUAUUUUUAUUAUUUUCUUAAUAGCUUCUCCCCUUUCCUAUUUUCAUUUGGCCCGCACAGGUCCUGUUCUAUUUUAUUUUGGCCCGCUCACGUUUUUCAUAAAGUAUUACGGCCCGCCUUACAUUUUGAAUUGUGCAGGCCUGGUCUACUGGAGUAAAGAUUGCUUAAAUUAUGUAUUUACUGUUCAAAACGAGCCAAGAAAUUUUACCCACUCCGAGAAUUUUCCAAAUAUUGUCAUAGUCUAAAUACUUUUUAAAAAAAUUUUUUAAAUGUGUUAAGGGGAUUUUAUCGUGUUGUUUUUCCCAGUUCAAAUUAUGAUGUUAGCUCCCUUAUUAAUAACUAUAAUUUUUUUGUUGCACUAUUUGAUCUAGGAUCGUUAUCAAUACGUUUCGAGAGAUCCAGAACGCUCUCCCAUGCAGUGGACCGAUGGUCCUCAAGCAGGCUUCACCACUGGGAACAGUACGUGGCUACCCCUCGGCGUGAAUUACACAGUACACAACGUGAAGGUGGGAAAUGGUGUGACUUAUCAUUUUAGCUAUCGUCAGAUUUAAUUUAUCAGUGAAGUGACGCAAAGUUGGUACUGGUGUUUGAAUUAUUAUCAUAAAAGCGGCUUGGGUCAAUAGUGUUAGAGCUACCUGUGACUUCAACAACUGGGUAUACCAAUGACCUGUGAGUCAAUGCCAUGUGACGUCAAUGAAAAGUGACGUCGAUGACGUCUGACGUCAAUGAACUGUGACGCAAAUGACUAGCGACAUCAAUGACCCGUGAUCUCAAUGUCAUGUGACGUCAAGAGACACGUGUCGUCAUUUUAUCCUCAUUUCUUUUUUUUCUUUUUUCCUUUUCAGAUUCAGUCUGAGGGUCCAGGACAGACGAGUCUCAAACUGUACAAACAGUUGGUGGCCAUCAGACGGAACAAGGCGUUCCAGGAAGGCACGUUCAAGGUAAGUUCGUCAAACAUUCAAAUUGCCUUAAUCCUACAUGCCAUUUGCAGCUGACGUAUUGUUUGUGUUCAGACAACAGUUUUUCUGUUCUUGAUCUGCUUUUUAAAGGAGUACAUGGUCAUGAACCUUCAUUACGAUUCUUUAGAGAUGUCUGUGUUACGAUAUGAGAUGCGCGCGUCACGAUAUGAGAUGCGAGUGUUACUAUAUGAGAUGCGAGUGUUACGAUAUGAGAUGCGAGUGUUACGAUAUGAGAUGCAAGUGUUACGAUAUCGGAUGCGAGUGUUACGAUAUGAGAUGCGAGUGUUACGAUAUGAGAUGCGAGUGUUACGAUAUGAGAUGCGAGUGUUACGAUAUGAGAUGCGAGUGUUACGAUAUGAGAUGCGAGUGUUACGAUAUGAGAUGCGAGUGUUACGAACGAUAUGAGAUGCGAGUGUUACGAUAUGAGAUGCGAGCGUUACGAUAUGAGAUGUGUCUGUUACGAUAUGGGACGCGAGUGUUAUGACACGAGAUGUGUCUGUUAGCAUAUGAGAUGCGAGUGUUACUAUACGCGAUGUGACCGUUACGAUAUGAGAUGCGAGUGUUACGAUAAGAGAUGCGAGUCUGUUACAAUGAGAUAUUCGAGUGUUAUGCAAGAGAUGCAAGUGUUACGAUAUGAGCUGUGAGUGUUACGAUAUGAGAUGCGAGUGUUAUGAUUAGAAAUGAGACUUGUACAAUGUGACGUCUGACUAAUUCCAUUUUAAUCAUGUUACAUGUCGUCAGCCUCUGUUGGUCACAGAUGACGUGUAUGCCUACGUACGAGAAUUCGGCGACCAGAGAUUCCUGGUUGUCCUCAACUUUGGGAAAGCGGCAACGGUCGAUCUGUCCCCAAAUGACGGGCAAGCAGGGACUGCAAAGGCUGUUACACCAAGUAAGUGGACACAAUUGUGUCAUAGUCGAUAAUGGAAAAGUAUAUCAAAAAUGAUAAUGUUACAGUGUCAUUCUUUGUCCAUUUUAACUGUAAAGUAUUUUCUAUACGUAAAAUGUGACACAUAAUAAGUUACUAACACAACCUAGACCCAAUCAAAUAGCCCUUCUCACAAUGUAACUUAGUCCUAGCUUAUCCCACAAAAUAAAAAUGUCCUUUCCCAUCUCAAAAGAUAACUAGGCCCUAGCCUAUCUCACAAGAUAAGUGUGUUCUAGCCCCCAAGAUGACUCCAUCCUCUCUCACAAGAUAACUGUGUCCUAGCCCAUCUCAAAAGAUGACUGUGUCCUAGCCUAUCUCACAAAAAUGACUGUGUCCUAGCCCAUCCUAGCCCAUAUGACAAGAUAACUGUGUCCUAGCCCCUCUCACAAUAUGAAUGUGUCCUAGUUCACCUCACAAUAUUACUGUGUCCUACCCAUCGUAAUAUUGUACGGUAGCAUCAUGUUCAUUUGACACCCUACAGGUGUGGUCGGCAUCGCACAGGGCGACACGGUCCAGCUGACCAGCCUGAAGCUGGGACCGGGCGACGGCUUGAUCUUACAGCUGACCAAAGACCAGGAGAUCAUAGGAUAAAUAAACAUAACUAAUGAACACCAAAAAA